CGCAUGGUUUCAAGUUUGGCGCGCUUUUCGCGAAGAACGAUAUCUGUCGUGCAUUCAGAAUCAACACAAAUUUAACUCCUUCUAUUAUUCAAAAGACACAGGGAAUCGUCCAAAUGCUGAAGGAUUUUCAUGUAACUAUUUGAUCCCACGAUCUAAGAUGGAGGGCCUUCAUGACAUGAACCAAUACCUUAAUACAGAGAUUGUGUGCACCCUAGCGGGCCUAGGGUGUGCCGAGGGUACUGAGUACUAUAAGAGUCCUGAUUGCCUUGAGAGCCUCAAGGAUUUGAUCAAGUUUCUUCGUAGAGAUGAUUCAACUUGUGAAAUCAGACGACAGCUAGGGAAUUCAAAAGUUUUAGAAAAUGAUCUUAUUGCCAUUGUCAAGAGUUGCACCCCAAAGGAGCAAGAUAUAUUUGAUAUGGUUAUAAGAUUGAUGGUGAAUCUUACACAACCUGCAGCCCUGUGCUUUGAACAUGGUAAAAUCCCUGAGGAUAAAACUGGUCAGCAUUAUUACUUAGAGUUGGUGAACCAGUUACAGUCAUACAAAGAGGCCUUCACAGAUAAAGAGGCUAUGGCAGUAAUUGGAAGAGAGCUUGCAAGGACACUGCAGAAGGACUGGGACGACAGACAAGAGGAGGACUAUUUGUUGAUAGAGCGUGUUUUGUUGCUGAUACGAAACAUCUUACAUGUACCAGCUAACCCACAGGCGGAAAAGAGAACAGAUGAUGAUGCAAGCAUACAUGAUCAAGUGGUUUGGGGCCUUCAUCAGAAUGGAGUUGAUGAUCUUCUGUUGUACAUUGCAAGCUCCCCAGAUGAGCGUCGCUGGUGCAUGCAUACCUUGGAAAUCAUAUCCUUGAUGUUAAGAGAACAGAAUCCUGAGAGUCUGGCAAGAGCUGGUGAUAGUAGAUCAAAGAGUGAGAAGUCUGAAGACGUGAGACAAUUAGAAACAAUACGAGAAAGAGAACUUGCUGAAAAGAAGAAAAAUGCAAAGAAGUUCUCAGGAAGGCAUUCAAGAUUUGGAGGCACAUUUUAUAUCAACAACAUGAUGUCUAUAGCAGACAAGCGGCAGAUGAUUUAUCAUCACAGUGUAGCAGAUGCAAAGAACUUAACUUUUGACCGUGAGAAAUCAGCACCAAGAAAACGGAAGAACCAGAUUAUUGCAAAGGAGAUGACAGUUGAAAGGCGAUCAACACUAAGCAUUAGAUUGUUUUUGCAGGGAUUUUGUAAGCAGUUCCUGGAACAUUGUUACAACCCUCUUUUGUAUGUUGUAAGGGAUAACCUAAUGCAUGAGCGAUCUCAGGAAAAUGAUGAGAGCUACUUCCUGUGGGCUAUGAAGUUUUUCAUGGAAUUCACUAGAUACUUUGAUUUUAGAGUAGACUUUGUUGGGGAGACCAUGAGCGUCAGUAAUUUUCAGUAUGUGCUGAAGAUCUUAAUGCAGUACUAUGACAGUUUUGUGGAAGAUAAACAGAACCCAGUAACUUGGGGAAGAAGGCUUCACCUGGCAGUGCAGGCAUACAAAGAGCUACUGAUGUACGUUUUAUUCAUGGAGAAAUCUAACGAUGAGACACUAAGGAGUAAUGCUAAAGUUAUUAAAGCCAACAUCUUCUACAUGGUUGAGUAUAGGGAUGUCUUCCUUUUCUUGGUCCGCAAGUUUGACAAGUCCAAACAGUCAAAGGCAUAUCUACGCGACCUGGUGGAGACAUUCCAUGUAUUUCUCAAGAUGCUUGAAGACUACUGCUCCGGGAAGAGCCACAUUGUUAUCCAGCAAAAGAAGAAGAAAAAGAAAACAAAGAAACGGAAAUCCAAGCAGGCUCCAGCACGUGUGAAUCUCUCAGCCGAACAAGCCGACGAGAUGUGGCAAGCCAUGGCUUCUGAGCUAUCCUCGUGGAUACAAGGGCAUAACGGGACUAUUCCAGAAUCAGUGGUUCCAUUUGACGCCGCUUCAGACAUCCCUAUUGAUCAGCAGAGGGUGUCAGCAUUAUCUCGUAUACAGACGCAACUCCAGAAUUGCGAGUAUGGCGAGUCCAUUGCUCUUCUAAGAGCUGCAAGAGAGGUUUGGCCGAACGAUUCCUUCGGAGCAGCAGAUGGCGACCCAGAAGAUGAGUUCAUGUGCUUACAUGACAUCUUCAAGAUGACAGACUUGCCCAUAGAGACCACCCCACUUGCUGAUGCUGAGGCGGAAGUAAACGAAGAAGAAGUUGCUGCAGAAGAAGAAGAGAUGGAAGCAGUUGUAACACGUGAGACAGAAUUCGACCUCAACAGUUUCAUCAGCAAAUUGGCUUGCCCGUCCAUCCUACAGCCAUAUUGCUGGUUGCUAGGAUUCUACCGGGAAAACAGCGCGAAAACCAACCACUACCUGGUCAAGAUGUUACAUCGGGUGGCUGUAGACCUGAAGAUAGUUCCCAUGAUGUUCCAGUUAUCGUUAUUUGUCACGUUUAACAGGGUGCUCCACGAUCCCGCCGCAUCGCAGUAUAAGGAAAUGGUCAAGUUUGCUCGAUACAUUUUGGGCAAUUUUUUCGAAAUGCUACCCAAGAACCCAGUAUUGUGUGUCGAGCUUUCAACUUGGAAGACGACGGACGCUUGCUACGAGAUUUCAGAGGGUUAUGGCAGUCUUCAGAAUAGGCACAAGUCCUUAAAGAAGUCAGGUGCAACAUGGUCCUACGAGGAGGAAGAGGAGCUCAAGAGUUUGUAUCAUCAGUACCAGGAAGGAGAGGACGAUGUCAUUGACAAAAUUCUUGACAAUCUCCAAGAUGAUACACGAACAAGACGUCAGAUCAUCAACAAGCUAUUCUUGCUCGGGCUGGUGACUGACAAAAGAGCAUUCCGCAAACCUGCUGCUAAGAAAGGUGCCUGGGGUACAGACGAAGAGGAGCAGUUGCGUGCUGUCUACGACGAGUACAAACAAUCAGAUGGAGAUAUUGUGGAGAAUAUCCUCAGUCAUCUCACCAACACAUCACGCUCUCGAAGACAGGUUGUGAAUCAACUCGUGAAGAUGGGACUUGUGGAGGAUCGAAAAACCCUACGAAAGAAGCGAAAGCCGGGCGAGAAACGUAGACUCAAGAAGAAGGCAGAUCAGUAUGAAGAUUCGGAUGCCGAGCGCGGAGAUGAAGGUGGGACGCUAAUAGACGAAGGCGAGGAAGAUGCCAGUGACUACCUGAGCUCAUCUUCCGAUAGCGAGUCGGACAACGAAAGCCUUGAUCAGACUUCAGUGCCGACACUUGUCUCAAGCCUCAAGGAUUGUGGACUGCAAGAGCAGCUUGAGUGGAUCCAGUCUCAGUUGAGGAGAGUAGCGGAAGAUCGAGAGGAUGGAGACAACUGGCAGGCCUACCCUCUGGUCACCAUCACUGAAGAGAAUGAGGAGGCGCUUUCUAACUCCCAGUUCCGGGCCAUGCUGAAAAAGAUUGGUCUGGUUCCACCAGUCACUGGCCAGCAAACGUUCUGGAGAAUUCCGAUUGGCAUGCGGCCCGCUCAGCUGAGGCAGGCUGCUGAUGAGCUCGAAGGAAAGAGACACACAGAAUGCGCAACAUCCGCAUCUGCGUCGAACCCAAUAUCGCCAGCACAAAGCAAGUCGAACAAUCGAAAAGACGUUUUGGCUGCGCUGGCGGCUUCGCGUAAAGGAGCAACCAGCAGCAGUGCCAGGAAGAGGAAAGAGAGGAAGGACCGGAGUGGAUCUGGACGUGCUGACGCCAGCCAGAGGGCACAAGAGUGGAGAAUGGCGCUACCCAGUGAUGCACCCAAUGACGACAGCGACAGGGAUAAUAACGCCGAGCUUAGCAAAGAGACCAAGAAUCUGUCCCCUAGAACUAGUUCUCAAGGCAAGAAAGUCAAACGUCGAGUUCAAGCAUUCACGGAUAGCGACGAGGAAGAAGAUGUGAAGCAAGCAACUGGUACAAGUGAGGCAAACCCAGACGCCUUCAUAGAUGAUACAGAGAAUGAAGAUGAUGCUAGAACUAGUUCUCAAGGCAAGAAAGUCAAGCGUCGAGCUCAGGCUUUCACGGAUAGCGACGAGGAAGAAGAUGAUAAGCAAGAGCCAAAUCCAGACGCCUUCAUGGAUGAUACCGAGGAUGAAGAUGAGGAUGCUCCCCAACAGACAAAUGCCGCCACUGAUGAUGUUGAUGCUGCUGUCAAUGAUGCUGAUGUUGCUGAUGAUGUUGAAGACGAUGUGGUAAAGAAACGACCACGAGAUGACCCAUCGGACUCAGAUUCGGAUGAUGAAGAUGUACCCUUGAUGCUACAUAAAAAAGUGCGCAGGGUGCUUAAUGAUGAUGACGACGAUGAAUAAAUGAAAUGACUCAAAUGUUCAAGAUGUACAUACCAUUGGUGCACCCAAGAGGAUGUACAGGGUGCUACAAGAUGAUGAUCGUGAUCAUGACCAUGAUUAAUAAAGUCCUUUUAUACAACUAACUCUGCUAUGCACCUCAAAACAAUAAUCUUCGUCUUCUCUUGGAAGAAUGAUGUUUAGUUAUCUUAGCAAAUAAAACGUGGGUUACUUCGAGGCUUUGAUAGAAAUGGCAUGUGUUAGUAUAUUAAAUAAAAUAAAAUUUAUUUUGACCAA